AUGACCUCAGAUCUGCGGUGGUCCGCUUGUCAACGUGUCCUGUGCAGUAACAGUUUAUUGGACUCUGCGGAAUAUUGGUUACGGAAUGAGAAGAAACUUUGUCAAGUUGGAUUCUUGGAAGAUAAGGCACGAAAUAGAUGCCCUACGAUCUGUUUUGUAAAUCUUGAUGGAGUGGAUGCAAAGAGCAAUAGUAAAGAACUCCAACAGAAAUUAGUUACUGUGUCCCCUGACCUUCCAUACCUUAUCAAUUCUUUAAAUGUCUGCCAAAUGAAAGAUAAUGAACUCAUCCUUGUGAGUGGGUUGAUUUCUCCAGGAAGCUGUUAUGACAAUUCAGAUGAUUCCCAGUGUGACAGACCCCCUGAUGUUUGUUUAGUUCAAUCAGCCAGAAGGUGCCAGAAGAAUGAUAUAGCCUGUGUCAUUUAUGAAAUAAAUAAAUGUAUGAUUGGCUUGGACUACGUUAAAGGAAAGAAAAUACAUCUUCAGCGCACCACCAAUUGCAAGUCAGGCGAUGACACCAAUUGUUCUGUAUCAUCCAUUGAAGAAGACUUUCUGACUGCCCCUGAGCACUUCGAUGAUGAGGAGGAUGAAGCUCACAGUGUCUUAGGUGAUCCUCUGAAUAUUAUUGGUUCAGACCCAGCAACAGAUACCACAAAGACUAGAGGAAAGACUAAGGGCCUCUUGCAGAUGCGACAGAACAAAGGCAAUGUAUUUCUUCAAAGGACAUGUAAUCCAGAGGAUACUUCAGUGUCCCAGAAUGCAAGUGAGACAAGCUCUCAAAACACUGUACAGACCCUUUACUGUGAAACCAGCUAUGUAACUGUGGACGGGCACAUAAGCAGGCAUAAUCCAGAAGAAAAAUCUCAACAAGAAACAUUCCCCAGCAAUGUCUCUGGGGAACAUGGUUUGGAGGAAGAACACAAAAAUUGCACAACUGAAUGUAUUAAUGAGGAUCUUCAGAGGAACUCCCUAACAGAGUUUGUUGAAACACAGAACACUGAUGAUAAACUUAGUGUCUCUUCAUCGAUGGAGGAGAAUCCAAAUGUGGAGGGUGAAUAUGCCUCAAACUUAGCAGAGUCUGUCUUGCAAGAUGCCUUCAUUAGACUAUCCCAAUCAGAAUGUACUUUUACCACAGAGGCUGCUGUUAGCAUCUCUGCAGAAAACAAUGAUACUCUUUCAACCAGCAGUCUCAAAGCAGAGACAACAAACCCUCCUUGUCCAUGGAAUGUUCUUCCUAAAAUCGUUAUUGUACAAAGUCCAGACAACUGCGAGAACACUCCAGAAUGGCAAGAACAGUUCAGUCCAACAAUGGCAUCAGACCUGGACUCAAGUCCCUUGAGUGAAUCGCCACCCUGUGUACAGGAACAUGUGAUGGACCAUAAGAAUUCUGAGACAAGUGAAUUGCCUCCCAGUUCUGUGGAGGUAGCACUAGUAUGUGCAGCCAGUGUUGUAGGAACUGUUUCAAGCCCUUAUGUUGCUGAAAGUCUGCAGUUAGACCGAGCCUUGUAUGAUACAGACAAUCUAUCCUGUAAUAGGAAUGAAAACAGAACAUUAUUAAAUGGUUCUAGAUGUGAUGAAAUGAAAUUCUCAUUCUCUUCAGCACUCUAUGGUGUCACCCAAGUGGUCAGUGCCAUAGGAAUUGCAGGUGGACUAACUGAUGAACAAGACAACAGAUUUUCUGCUACUUCAAGUGGUUUCGUAUCUGCAGCUGAGACCUUUCCUGCAGUUACUCUCCGGGGUAGUGUGAGUGUUGGAAGUUGUGCCGAAACAUUUGCUUGUAACGUUGCUGAGGUAUUGCUCAAAGAAGCAGCCACUGUUCUUGCAAAACCAAACCACUAUAAAACUGUUGGUGAGCUCAUGGAUUCUAUGGACAAAAAGUUAAUAGAAACAGAGACGAAUCCAAAAGUCUCUCGCUGGGAGGAAUUGUCAAGGGAUGACUUUGCCCAUAAUAUAUCAGAUUUAAUUCUGAAACAUUCUUUCCAAGAAGCAAAUAAAAAAGUAGGAAUAACAAACCUGGUGAAAGAAAAUCAUUCAGGUGUGAAUCCAACCAGCUUGUUUAUUGAGAGUACAAAUAAAGUUCUCUUCAGCAUAAUGCACUCCACUUGUAGAAAAAUCAAGGACAUUAUAAGAAGUAAUGAUGCUUCCAUGGUCUUUCAAGAAGAUGAAGCCAACAGCUGGAAGGGUUUGGAAAAUACUAUCAAACAGAAGGAUGGGAUUACACAGAAUUAUCAUAAUAAUGACAGUUUCGAAGACAUUGGCCAACCCAGCACUGCUGUUUCUGUUCAUGAGAGCCUAAUAGACUCUACAAACGCAAAUAAAAAAGGAUUUGAGGAAUCAGGCUUUUCACAACAAGUUAAUCUGAACUCUGUGUGGUUUUGCAGUAGACGAGGUAGUGACUGUCCAAACAACAUGCAUAAUUUGACUGACCAACAGAGAUCAAAGAUUGUCAGUGCUACCGAUUACGUUACACCACAACACCAUCAGAAAACAUGUGAUAAAGACACAAGUUUAUGUUCCUCUAUCGGCAUGUAUGAGACAGAUGUGGGAUGUAAUGAUGCCAUGCCAACACAAACAUGUGGUUAUAGUAAUGUGCUUGCAGAAAGCAGAGAAUUGGUGAGAACCAAAUCUCAGACAGAGAGAGAACAGAACUUACUUUUGAUAAAUGCCCAAAAUGCCUUAAGUCCACCUAAAUCUUCAUUCCAUGUUAUGCAAUCAGCAGAAGCAAACCUUUCAAUAAAUGGAUUUGCUGACCAGAUAUCUAAGACAGUUGUUUCCAUGGCGACAGAGAUGGCAGCUAUUUGCCUUGAAAAUACAAAUGCUAAGCAGCCAUGGUUUUGUCCUUGGAAAAGAAGACUAGGAGAUCCUGAAAAUUUCAUAGUUCCACAGUCAUCCUCAUCCAGAGUAGUCAUGAGGAGUAAAGAAUCCCAAAGCAUCUCUCCAGUUGGCAAAAGACUGAAGCCACCCAGACUUAGUGAGAUUAAAAGAAAAACGCAGGAACAACCUGAGCUCAAGGAAAAACUAAUGAACAGAGUGGUUGAUGAAUCGUUGAACUUUGACGAUGCCUUGGAGCCAAUAAGCUACUUUGUUAAUGAGUCACCUGGAAAAAUAGUAAACUCGGCUGAACUAGCCAUGGUUGACUCUGUGAAGCAAGGUCUGGGCCUGACCAGAAAUAGGUUGCUGUGUGAGAGGUGGAGCAGGGGAAAGGCCUCCAGUUAUGAGAGCAUUCCAGAAGAGGACAUUGAUUCCAGCAGUUCGUGGGCUGCCCUGGGUGCCAUAGCUAAACUUGGCCAGCCAAUAAGCAGGGCCAGUUCCAUCUCCAAGCAGUCAAGCUGUGAGAGUAUCACUGAUGAAUUUUCCAACUUUAUGGUUAGUCAAAUGGAAAAUGAAGGAUGGGGAUUUGAUUUCCUGCUGGAUUAUUAUGCUGGCAAGCACGCUAGCAAUAUCUUAAACGCGGCACUCCAACAGGUAUGCAGAAAAAAUGGGCAUCUUAGCGUCAGUGCAUCCUGUCUUUCAAAACAAUCUAGUACGGAAAGCAUUACAGAGGAGUUUUACAGAUACAUGCUCCAGGAACUGGAUAAAGAAAGCAAAGAAAAUAAAAACAACAAGGAAUUGCAAGUGCCAUCUGCUAGAACAAUCAUGUGUUUCAGGCAGUCAUCAAUGCCAGAUAGACGAACAUCAGAGGAGAGAUUAACAGUAACUCCUCCCAUGAAAGCAAAUUCCUUUGAUGGCUUUGCCCAAAAUGAUCGCAGGAAUGCGUUAGAUAUACGUAUGGGAGACACAGCAUUGUCCACUAACCUCUAUAAAUCUUUAACAGAUUCUUGUUUGUAUCAGAAGUGCAAAACUGACCAUAUCACUGAUAUGCUGAUAAAUGAAACUUGGUCAAAUUCUAUUGAGGCUCUAAUGCGAAAGAAUAAAAUCAUCUGUGAUGACACCAGCAGUCAGAAUGCUGAGCAGCCAUCAAAUGGAGGCCAGCCACAUGUUGAAAAAUAUGCCACUGGGAUAGUUUCAGAUACUGUUCAAUGUGGCAAGUUAUCCAUCAGUAGUAAGCAGGAUUCCAUUGGAUAUGCAUCCCAUGACUCUGGAACAAAAAACAAAAGAUGCGAGGCACCCAUCCAACACAAAUUAGAGAAAGCAAAAGUAGUGACUGAAAAGAUGUGUUUCACAUCAAAUGAUUGGGCAACUGUGAAGAGAAAGCAGUUGUCCCGCUGUCCGAGGGAAGUCCCUUUAAUUCAUAUAGAGGAUGAUCAAAGAGAAGAUAUCAAGGAAUGCCUUCCGACAAAGAUAACCUGUGAUACUAAGGUACUGGCUGAAAAGAGACCAGUGGAAAGGAAACUUCCAGAAGUUGAUGGUGAAUGGCAUACUGAGUCUAGUUCAAUAACAGCCAGCAGAUGGACAGAUGAUACAACAUUAAUGCAGUUGUUGCAUAGUCAUGAUGAACCUGUUAAGUCUCCAGCAGAGCCACCCAUAAGCGUUCUGAAGAAUCCGACACCAGCAGCAACAGAGAAGGUCGGAGCUGAUGAGCUUCCAUGCAGUUUGAGUACCAGCGACGAUAGCAUGGGGAGCUGGUCACAGCUCGUUAAUGAAGAAGACCAUGCAGAAGACAGCAGUAGCUAUCUUCACCUUAGUGAAAGCAAUGGGAACAGCAGCGCUUCGAGUAGCCUUGGCUUAGUGGAUCUGGAUACCUACCAGGAAACCCUUUCAUCACGUGCUUUACCCAGUGAACUCGUAAGCGGAAAGGAGCCAGUGAGACAUAAUACGGAGCAUUUGGAUGAAAGCACAUCUCAAUUAGCAAUGGGUGCAGUCAGUUGCCACAGAGAGUUUCUUGUGCUGAAUUUUGACGUGAGCCCUGAAUGUGUUGACUCAGAAUUGCGAGCAAUCUUGCAGUGGAUAGCUGCUUCUGAACUUGGUUUUCCAGUGAUUUACUUCAAAAAAUCCAAGGAAAAGAAGAUUCAAAAGUUUUUAGAUGUUGUCCACUCUGCUCACAAGAAAGCUUGGAAGCUCAAAGAUCUGUUUCUUGCAAUUCUGCAAUAUUGUAAAGUGCAGGAGGAGGGAGGAAGCCUUUCAACAAGAAGUCUAUUUGACUGGCUUCUUGAAUUCAGCUAA